AUGACGCACAAACGAGGGCAGAUCCUUUGCACUAGCGACCCGUGCAUUCCGGAGAGUGUGUACUGCGACGAGACGUUCGGCAGGGUGAGCCGCAAGCGCCAUUGCAACGUCCGUUCGCCGUACGAGGUGGCGGCCACCGGCAGGCGGGACUCACCGAAUCGCCCAAUCGAGAGCCCUGGCGCGGCGACGCCUGUUCUACCUGAUGUGGAGGGCUCCACAUCUUUGCAAGAACUCGCCUCAGAGUGGAGCGACAGGAUUGUGGAGGGGCUUCGCCGCAUGCAGAACACGCAUGACCUCAAGGAGCCGCUGGCCAACUACCUGACCCAGUUCUACCACGCGGCAGUAUCUCGGGGGUGCGAGCCCACCUCGCAGCCCGAACACCCGCAGGGAGACCAGGGCGAGGAGCUCGCCAAUCGCAUCGGUCAGCUGCUGCAUCGCAACAACGUGCUCUGCAACGUCAUCCGCAACCAGUACGAGACGAUACGGCGGCUGCAGGCGAACGAGGCGCUCGCGUCGAGCCUGAUGAAGGAGAAGGCCGCGCUCAGGGAGGAGCUGCUGGGCCUCAAGGAGUGCCUCAACGCCUACGUCGGCUCCGUGGGCGCGGGCGCGUCCUGCGGACCGUGCGACGCGCAGUUCACACGACGCCCACCGGACGUAUUUUAG